CACACACACACACACAUGCAGCAGACUCAGCAUGGAUGCAGUGAGUGUAUGCAGCAGCAGAUCAGGUUUUGCUGCGUCCUGCAGAUGCUUCCCGGGACACUGAGGACAAGCAGACCAAUAUGCCCGUCUUCAUGAUAACAGAGACCUACCAGACCACGGACCGGUCCACAGUUUCUGAGACCCCGACGGGCACAAACAUGACAGAGUGGGAGCGAGACGCCCUGCUGGCUGUGGCAGAGGUGUUGGUGCUGGCAGUGGUCCUCCUGCUGACGUUACUGGGGAACGGGUUAGUGUUGGUGGUGCUGCUGAAGCAGAGACACAUCCACAGUCCUCUGCACCAGUUCAUGCUCAACCUGUGUGUGGCUGACCUGGUGGUAGCGUUGUUCCAGGUUCUACCACAGCUGGUGUGGGAUGCUAAGGRUCGAUUUUCUGGCCCGGACUUCUUGUGUCGCCUGGUGAAAUACCUCCAGGUCCUGGGGAUGUUUGCCUCGUCCUACAUGAUCGUUGCAAUGACAGUGGAUCGAUAUUACGCCAUCUGCUUUCCCCUGCGGGCCCAUCGCAGCGGAGCCUCCAGGCGCUGGAACACCUUUAUUGUACAGGCAUGGGGUCUGUCCCUGCUGCUCAGUCUGCCACAGGUUUUCAUCUUCUCCCGUUCAGAAGUGGCUCCGGGGGUUUACGAAUGCUGGGGAACCUUUGCAGAGUCCUGGGGCCUCAAAGCCUACGUGACGUGGAUGACCCUGGCUGUCUUCAUCAUCCCUGUCCUCAUCAUCACUGUCUGCCAGGUUCGCAUCUUCAUGGAAAUUUAUCACAACCUGUACCAGAAAUCAGGGCGCCACCUGUCCCCCGCCCCUCUCCCCCCAGUGAGACAGGAAAGCCAGAGAGGAGGAGGUGGAGGGGAGGCCACUGCACCUGCUUGUGUCUCCCCCCUCACAUUCCACAACCCUGAGAGUCAGGGCAGCGUGGAUGCAGGUUCCACACAACAGAACCUGCCACUGAGUCCACUCAGGUCCAGCAGGGUCACAACACAGCCUGAACCUCACACCUGCAGCACAGCUGAGCUUCAGUCUGACCCAGCAGCACCCCCACACACACCCAAAGCCCCCCCUGCUGCUCAGGGUGGGGAGGUGACGGCGGCGAUGUCGAAGACGGUCAGGAUGACGCUGGUCAUCGUUYUGGUCUACUCCGUCUGCUGGGCCCCGUUCUUCAGCGUGCAGAUGUGGGCCGCCUGGGACCCUGAACCCCCUCAAGAAGUGGCCAGUCUGAACUCGUGCACCAACCCCUGGAUCUACAGCUGCUUCUCCAGCAGCGUGGCUCCAGAGCUGCGCCUGCUGCUGCUCUGUGGGGCCCGCUCUCUGCGCCGCACCUCUAUACCCAACGACUCCACCGCCACACACGCCUCCAACUGCUGAGGCCCCGCCCCAACCCGUCACGCCGCCGAGCUCGUCACUGUCGUCACAGUCAGGAGGACAUGAUGGCAGCUCCCCUCACUCCUGCUCAGUCUGCAGCUGAUGAAACAGGUGUUUAGACCUGAAGAUAGAAAAAAUAACACGAAGAGAGAAAUCAGGAAGAAGCAGCUGCUCUGGUCACUUUUACCUUGAGAACAAUUCAUUAUGUAAAGUAGAACUGAAAACUUCAAGUGAGUAAUGGGACAGGAAGUGGAAACUUGAACUCCUCUCCUCCUAUAGGAGACCACAGCUAUGAGCAGACGUGAAGACACGACGAAGGCGAGUCGGUUCCUCAUCAACCUGCUCCUGCAGCCCACACAGCUGGACCGUCCCAGACAUAUAAAACCUGUGUCCARGACGGGCUCAAUGUUUGCYUGUGGAGGUCCACCUGUGUUCACCAAGCCUGACAGGCUGGAGCUGCAAAUGUUUCAGACUUCGUGGGUUCAAGUGUAGCUUUUUUUUAAUAACCAACAGAGGAGUCUGGAAGUUUUUUUUCCUUUUUCUGCAGAAUCAUCAGGAGGUUUUGUUUGGAUGUGGAGCAGAUCAACACUCAGGAGGGUUUAGAACACCUGCAUUUAUCUGAGUUAACUUCAUGUCUUGUUUUUAGACAGGUUAGUGGUUGUCGACUCCAGACAUGAUAUAUUCUUUAUCUUUAARAUUAGCCUGUCCUCUCCUGGAUGGUUCCUGAGUUUUAUGACUUUCAUAAUGUUUAUUCUGUUGGGUUUGAAAUGCGAUACAAUAAAAACACUGGAGCAGAGUUAAAGGUUUUAGAGCCGCCCCUCUCCCUGCCUCACUUUAAGUCUCUCUGGAUGAGUCUACACCAUCAUCAGGGUCACCUGGUCUUUGUUUGAUAAUUCACCUGUGAAACUGCAGCUUCCUCCUUUUUUCAUUCAGGCAGUUUAUAAGUCAAAAUGAUUUACUCAAAUAUUGAAGGCAGAAGUGGACMUCAGAGGUUUGAUUGAUUUAAAAGAGAUCUGAAGCUGUUGGUUUUCUUACAUUCAGUUCCUUUUACCUCCUGUUAAAGGCAAAGAUGAACACUAACAUUUAUAAUUUGAUCUCAGCAUCUGUAAAACUGGCUGAGUUCGAGASGUUCUGUUGGCUCAGGUUGACCAGCUGCAGAUGUUUAACUCUGAUUUGACUGGAUAAGUUUAACAGUUGUUGAUAAAUUUAAAUUACUGACUUUCGUUAAAUUUAUGUGAAAGACAAGCUAAAGGCAGUAAAGCCCAAAGUUUUAGACCAGGGCUAUUCAACAUACGGCCCGCGAGUGACCAAAGUUCGGCCCARUGGUUCAUUCAUCUCUUAAGC